AUGGGAGAUAUAUCCGGUGCCCAGGCCACAGACGUGGGAGCACUUGACAAGGACACUCCAAAGGUUGGCGAUCCGGGGGCAUCUACCAGCCCACCACCCAGUCACGACGAGUUUCGAGCUUUUCCUGAGCAUGACCCCUCUUCCCAGCCUCAACAGCAUCCUAUAGCCUCGCAACACGCAUUUACAGCUCAGUUCGACAUGUCCCAGCCUCCCACAGGCCAUCGUCCUGGGCCCUACAACAUGGGCCCCAUGGGAAACGCCCUUCCACCCGUUAAUUAUCGGCCAGGGCAGUAUCCUCACGGCACUCAGCAGCGAUACAACCCCGCGAGCUCACCACCCAUGAUGCAGCAAAUGCCCCAGUUCUCGGGUCAUCCAUCGAUGCCGGCGGCUGCCCAGGGAUACUACCUCCAGCAGCCACAGAUGGCGCAGUACUACGGGAGCCAGAUGCCCCAGGCCCAGCCAGGAUCGACGAUGGCUCCGAGGCAGAACAUUACAUACUACCCUAGCCAGAUGAUAAUGAGUCCUCAACAGUCUGCAUACUACUACGCCCCUGCUCCCCAAUACCAGCCCGCAGCGCAUCCUGUUCCCAAUACCAUGGUCGCCGGACACUACAUGAAUGGGAAUCCCGGAACCAACGAUCCCCGGACCAUGAUGCAGCCGGCAGAGACGGGUGGAAGUCAUCCUCAGCCUCCCAAGCAGGGGCAAGGUAGGGCUAGGAAGCAAUCUCGUGUCAGGAGCGAGCUAAAGCAGAGCCCAGAUGGAGCUGAGAGGCGCCAGAGUGCCGUACGUGGCCCACCGCGAAAGCCGCGACAGAGUGGGCAUGCCAUUUGGAUUGGCAAUCUACCACCGCAGACUGAUCUCAUGAGCCUCGUCCACCAUGUUUGCAAGGAAACGACAGGCUUGGAGUCGCUGUUCCUCAUCUCCAAGAGCAACUGCGCGUUUGCCAACUUCAAAGAUGAGGAAACCUGCAGCGCAGCACAGCAAAAGCUGCACGAUUCCAAGUUCCAAUCAGUUCGUCUUGUCAGUAGACUGAGGAAGAGCACAGUGGAGAGUGCUACCGGCGUAACGGCUCCGACUGGCCCUUCAGUGGCGACAACUGCCAAGACGGAUCAAGUGUCGGAUGCCACGCCUAUGCAAAGUGGGAGCCCAAACCCAGCAGAUGAGCCGACGACGACGAUGACUCCCAAGGCCGAGCCUGCUGAAGAGACGACGCCGCAGAAGGACAAGUUCUUCAUACUCAAGAGUUUAACGGUCGAGGACCUCGAAUUGAGCGUCCGAACCGGCAUAUGGGCCACCCAGGCACACAACGAAGAUGCUUUGAACAGCGCUUUCAAGGGCGCUGAUAGCGUCUACUUGGUCUUCUCGGCCAACAAAUCGGGUGAAUACUUUGGUUAUGCUAGGAUGGUUUCACAGAUUGACGAGGAUCCCGCGGCGGCUAUUGAGUUUGCGCCGACAUCCCAGGCGGCAAGCGACCUCGACCUCCCAAAAGCUAUACCGACCGAAGCGACCGAACACGCCCCCAAGGGGCGAAUCAUUGACGAUUCCGCUAGAGGAACCAUCUUCUGGGAAGCCGAGCGGGAAGAAUCAGAGGCAUUGUCUGAUGCCGACAGUGAGAGUGAGAUGUCGAGUGGGAAGAGUAACAGUGCGGAGGAGACAGGUACCAAAACUUGGGGCAAGCCCUUCAAGCUUGAGUGGCUUUCUACGAGUCGACUUCCGUUUUACCGCACGAGAGGGCUACGCAAUCCCUGGAAUUCGAACCGCGAGGUGAAAAUCGCACGAGACGGAACUGAGCUGGAGCCUUCAGUCGGUCGAAGACUGAUUGGGCUCUUCAACCGAGUGCAGAGCCCAGGACCAGCUCAUACGGGCAUCCGCGUGCCCAUGGCCAUGAUGGCGGGCUUCCCCCCGAUGCGGCCAUACGGACAGUGA